UAUAUGGCAUCUAGUUCUCAGCAAAUAUCAGUUGGUGACACAUGGCAGGAACUAGGGGUGGAAAACCAACAUGGCACACAAAAAGGUCUCCAUGUCCAAUUGAGGCCAGAGCUCUCAAAGUUACAUAAAUUGUUGGAACUACCGGAGAGUGUUAAAUGCUUAUGUGAGGAAUUUCUUGAGUAUAUUUUGAAGAAUCACCAAGUCACUCAGGAGCCAAAGGGCAUACUGCAUGCAUUCAACAUUGCGCUGUGCUGGCGUGCUGCUUCUCUCUUGAAGCACAAGGUUAAUCGUCGAGAAUCAUUGGUCUUAGCUGCAAAGCAUUUGAACUAUGAGUGCAGUGAAGAUCUCGCUUCCUAUGUUUAUGACAAGCUAAGAAUCCUAAAGAAGAAGUUCUCACAUAGAGCAGGUGGAACAAGCAAGCACAAUCAAUCGACUUCAGUAAUGAACAUACCACCAUACCAGGAGGAGAUCUCACCUAAAUCGGGAUAUGACGAACCAACGGUGGCAACUGUCGAGGGUAAUUUAGAAAAUGGAUCACAUCAGGAGGAUACACAUGAUUUAUUGAUAGAAGCGAUCGUACCAGGAGAGAAGGAAAUGCUAUUUGUUCCAGAGGCUCAUAAAAAUCAACAUCUAUCCAAGGAUGUACUUCUUGGCAGAAUCACGGAGAAAAGAAUUCAUUUAGUUAAUAUGGUUUUUACCUUAAGAGAAAAGAAUAUCCGUGAAACACAAGCAAACGAGGUAGCAAUGUUAGACAUGCACAGGCAUAACAGAGUGAUUAAACUGAGAGAAGCAUGUAAAAUAGUUGUUGAACACCUUCGCAAGAGUCACGCUGAUCCAGGCAGGGAUUGUCAAAUAAAGCUAAUUAUUGAAUGGUUCACUAUGCUGCUAUAUGCGUAUCUGGAGCACAUCAGAUACCAGCAUGAGAAGCUUUACUUGCUGCAAUCUAGUGUGUGGACCAAGGAGUUACAGUUGAAGGAAAAUUUCCUCCAGGAAGCAAAAUUUGGCCAAUUAGUCUUUGGAUGAUAUCUCAGCAAUGGAAAUUACGUUGGUUCGAAGUGUGAUUCCAUCUGAAGUUACCAAUGCAGAAGUAGCGAGAAAUGGGUCUGCUGAAGUUCUUAUCCACACUGAAGGA